UCUGCAGGAAAAUAACGAUACCUUGCAAAACCGCCUUGCGUCGACUGAAGAUCGACUUGUGACUCUGAAGUCUGGAAAAGGCGAAGUCGGAAUCAAUGCAAAGGCUUUGGAGACCAAAGCUCGGCAGCAAGAAGACCUGAUCGCUUCUCAGGAGGUCAAACUCGCCGCUGCACAAGAUGAGAUCGACAGCUUACGGAUGUCUAUGGAGUCUUUACUCGUCAAGAAUCAACGAUACCAAAAGCUCCAGGAUGACUAUGACGAACUCAAGACUGAAAGGGAUCAGCUUGCGCGCAAGGCAAAUGCGGCGGAAAAAUACAGACAGAAGUUGCAAGCGACAGUUGAAGGAAGCUGACUCCCAACAAAAGCGGUCUUCCGAGCGCGAUGUGGAACUGGAGGAAUACAAAAAACUUAUUCCUCAUAUCGAGCAGGACAGGCACACGGUCCAAAACCUGAAGAAGCAAUUAGAGUUCAAUAACCACGCUCUUACAGAACGUCUUAAGAGCGCAGAAGAACAACAUGAGCGAGACCAAACCCGAAUCAGCGAUCUGCGAGAGCGGAUUCGAGAGCUUGAAGGUUCACCAGGGAGCCCAUCGUAUACGCCCGGCAGCGACACGCCACAAUUGCAGGAUACACUCCAAAAGGACUUCGGAGAGUCACAACUCAAAGCUGAAAAUAACGAAUUGAAGAAGGAUGAGGAGGAUGAUUCCCUGAAGGCUCCUUCGGCAUCCUUGGCCGGCCAAUCUGUGCCUUACUCUGACAACUUCCUUUCGACAACCCAAAUCGCACAAGCAAAAUCUACCCAGAGCGAGGAAUACUGGAAACUCUAUGAAGAAUUUGCUGAGGUUCGCAAGAAGCUCGCAGAGGCUGACGACUUGGCCCAUGCCACCAUGCGAAAACUCGAAGAAGCCAAGGCAGACCUUGAUCUCACAAGCAAGGACAAGGUCGACAUGGCCCAGGCAUUCAAAGAAAAAGAAGACGCUGAACUCGCCGAUCUCAGGGAGCAAUUUGAUGCUCUUACCCACAAAUAUCAUCAUGUUGAAGCUGAGGCGGAUGCUAGCCUUAAUCUUGCAAGGGAGGCCUGCAAUGAAAGGGAUCAACUUCGUGAAAUGCUGGAUCAGAAGGAAUCAGAAAUGAUCUCGGAAGAUCAGGAUCUGUUGGCUGAGAUGCAAAGGCUGGUCACUGAGUACAGCGGAGGUGCAGGUGACAAUGACCAAGAAUUGCGUCAACAAUCGAGCAUGGAGCUGGUGAAACAGUUUGCCGACUUGAUUGAGACCAACGUCGAAAGACUUGCCAAGCGUGCAGAGGUCAGUAAUUUGUCCUACUAUGAAGAAGUUGAAGAACGCCCUUACCCUUGCGAAUCAUUCAAUCGCCAUUUGUUUCUUGUCGAGUGUCAAGCCAAAGCACGUUCGUCGGCAUUUAAAAGACUGCGUUCCUGGAAGAAGCGAUCUGAUUCUCCAGUGCCUUCAUUAUAUCAUCUUUAAAAUCAAUGCUUUGCCGGUACAUUGCUAACCUUGGUCUCACACUGCAGCACAUUCAACAGCAAAAUGAGAUGAUCAAGUCGCUU